AUGCCUCUUCUUCCAGUCGCUAUGUAUGGCCUCGAGGUCCCAGCAGGAGAUAUGAUCAUUCCUGCUGUUCCAGAUUUCCCAGCUACUUUCCGUAUCACCAUGGCAGCAAUUGAUCCAACUGAAGUUACCGGUGAUGUUAAGGCCGGUGUCAAGUCUCGAUCAACUUUGAAGAUCAUUCGCCAAUCAAGCGCUGAAGAUGAGGAUAGCGAAGAUGAUGAAGGUUUGGAUGAUUUAUUACAAGCUUUGUUGGCAGAUGAUAACUCUGGUUUAGAUGAGGAUAGUGAAGAUGACGAAGAGACCAACGGUGGACCAAGCGAUCCUUCUAAGUCCAGAAAGGCCCAAAAGGAAGCUGCUCUUCAGGAGCUCCUCGCUGCCAUUGGCAAAGACGAUUCCGACGAUGAAAUGGAGGACGUUUCUGUCAAGAAGGUCGCCAAGAAAGGAAAGGCAAAGGCCGCCGUCGUUGAAGAAGAAGAAGAAGAUGAUGAGAGCGAAGGUGGGAGUGACGAUGGUGAAGAGAUUGAGAUUGAGGAAUAUGUUCUUUGCACUCUUGACCCAGAAAACCACUACCAACAACCUCUCGACAUCACCAUUGGUGAGGACGAGACCGUCUUCUUCAAGGUUACCGGUACCCACAAGAUCUUUCUUACUGGUAACUACGUGGUCCCAGAUGAUCAAGGACACAACCAUCACCACGAGGUUUACGAUUCUGAUGAAGAAGAUGAUGAGGACUAUGAUCUCUCUCCAGAUGAGGAUGAGCUAGAGAUGGAAUCAGAUGGAAGCGACGAGCUUGACGGUGCACGCGUCACCGAGGUUGACUCUGAAGAAGAGAAAGCCCCAAAGCUUGUCAAGGCCGAUAAGAAGGGCAAGAACAAGCGCGCCGCCGAUCAAAUUGAGGAGGCUGCGUCUCUUGAUGCUAUCAUCGCUAAGGAAUCCGCUGCUGAGGAGCCAAAGCUUAGCAAGAAGCAACAGAAGAAGUUGAAGAAGAACAAUGGCGAGGCUGCCCCUGCCAAGGCAGAGGACGCCAAGAAGGACGCAGCUAAGGAUGAUAAGGCUGAUAAGAAAGUUCAGUUCGCCAAGAACCUCGAGCAAGGACCUACCGGAUCUGACGCACCUAAGGUUGAUGCCAAGAAGACUGCAUUAGGUAUCAGAACUGUUGACGGAGUAAAGCUUGAUGAUAAAAAGCUUGGUUCCGGUCCAGUCGCCAAGAAAGGUAACAGAGUUGGCAUGCGCUACAUUGGAAAGUUCACAGAUGGAAAGGUCUUUGACUCAAACAAGAAAGGCAAGCCAUUCUCCUUCAAACUUGGUGCCGGCGAGGUCAUUAAGGGUUGGGACAUCGGUGUUGCUGGCAUGUCAGCCGGUGGAGAGCGAAGAUUGACAAUCCCCGCACAUCUCGCAUACGGCAGCAAGGGCGUCCCUGGUAUUCCAGGUAACUCCACUUUGACCUUUGAUGUCAAGCUCCUUGAGAUCAAGUAA